AUGUACCGCAGCGGCGCCCGCUCCUCCGUCUCUUCACACCGGCCUAAAGAGAGCGGCGGGGGCGACCCGCGCACCGGCCGCAGCUCUGGCUCCUCCUCAGGCCCGGCUCGCCGCACCUCACCGCCGUCCUCCUGCUCCUCCUCUUCGCGGACCCCGGCUCGCCGGCCCCGCUCUCCGUCAGGGCACCGCGGCCGCCGGGCCUCUCCGUCCCCUCCGCGGGGUCGCCGCGGCUCCCCGUCUCCGCUCCGCGGCCGCCGGGCCUCGCCAUCCCCGCAGCGGGGUCGUCGCGGCUCCCCGUCCCCGCCGCGGGCCCGUCGCGGCUCCCCGUCGCCGCCGCGGAGCAGACGACUCUUCCCGCCGGGCUCGGCCGGCUUCCGAGGGAGCAGCCGGGGGGAGUCCCGCGCCGACUUCGCCAGGGACGGCCGCGGAGACCAUCCAGGCGACAGCGGCAGCCGGAGACGCUCUCCUGGUCUUCGAUCUGACUCUUCUUUGGAACAGAGCUUACGGAUCACUGUUGGCAAUGACCACUUCUGUGUUGGCAUACCAGAACGGAGGCGGCUUAGUGAUCGACUGGGGUCACCAGUGGAAAAUCUGGAGGAUGCAGAUAGGGAUGACCUGACUGAUGAUUCUGUCUUCACUCGAAGCUCCCAAUGCUCUCGAGGUCUUGAACGAUAUAUUUCCCGGGAGGAGGCACCUCUCAGUCCCUUCUUGGGACAACUUGAUGAGGACUACCGAGCAAGAGAAACUUUCCUGCAUCGAUCUGAUUAUAGUCCUCAUAUCAGUUGUCAUGAUGAGCUGUUGCGGGGAACGGAACGGAAUAGAGACAAACUCAAAGGCUCCUACUCUAUACGACCUGAGGAAAGUAGCCGGGAGGCCAAACGGCCCCGCUAUGAUGACACAGAGAAGAUGCACAACAUGGGAAGUGAUCACCCGAGUUUUACAUCAGGGACUCGCAACUAUCGACAGCGUAGACGGAGCCCAAGCCCUAGGUUUUUAGACCCUGAGUUUCGAGAGCUGGACCUCGCCAGGCGAAAACGAGAGGAAGAGGAGGAACGAAGUAGGAGCUUGAGUCAGGAACUGGUGGGAGUUGAUAGUGGCGGCACUAGUUGUCCCAUCCCUGGAUUGUCAGGUAUCCUAACAGCAUCGGAGCCAGGAUAUUCUUUACAUCGGCCUGAGGAAGUAUCUGUGAUGCCCAAGAAGUCAAUUCUGAAAAAGCGGAUUGAGGUGGACAUGGAGCCUUCCUUGCAGCUUGAGAGUUUUCCCGGCAGUACCAGCUCCAGCCAGGAUCACCCUCUUUACUCUGGACACUCAUCUCUUCCACUGAGUGGUGCUAUUGCCGCUUUCGCCUCAGAGGUUGAGAACAAGAAGGGAGCCGCGGUAGAGACGACCCUGAAGGAGUCUCCGGGCAGCCUCUACCAGUGGGGCCCCCUCCCUGGGGCGCCCAAAGACAGCAGUCCCCUCAGAGAGAAGUUUGGGAGUUUCCUGUGCCACAAGGAAAAAUUGGAUAUGAAGGCUGAGGCACCAGAGCGACACACAGACUUCUUGCUUCCUCACGAGAGAGCUAGCCAGGAUGGCAGUGGUUUCUCCUGCAUUCUGAGCAUGUUAGCAGAUUCUACCAGUACGCAGGAAAAAAGGCGACUUAGCUUCCCUGACAUUGAGGAUGAGGAGAAAUUUCUCUAUGGAGAUGAAGAAGAGGAUUUAAAAGCAGAAUCUCCACCAAAGCCCGUUGGGAGCUCUGAAAGUGAAGUUAUGAGACAGAAGGCAAGCUCCCUACCCUCUUCAGCUCCAGCUGUAAAGCUAGAAUCAAUAGAAGAGACCAAUCCAGAGUAUGCCAAGAUUCAUGACUUGCUCAAGACCAUAGGGCUGGAUAUUGGGGUAGCUGAGAUUAGUAAACUGGCUGCACGUACACAGGAACGACUUCAUGGCAAAAAGCCAUCAGGUUCCUCUGCUGACCGCCGUUCCUCUGCUGACCGCCGUUCCUCUGCUGACCGGCACUUUUCUGCAGACCGCUGUUCCUCAGUUGACCGCCGUUUCUCAGCUGAUAGGCGCUCUGCAGAUCCUCACAGACUGGAGAGCGGGGAGGUGCACCAUAGCAGUACCCACUCCCCAGAAGUGUCUCGUCCACACCAAGUCUCCCCUGUGGAUCCUUACUUGCUCACAAAAAACAGCCCCCCGUUCCUAAAGUCUGACCAUCCAAUGGGUCAUAUUACAGGACCUGAGGUGGUUGGCAGUGGGUUUCAGUCAUCUGUUGCAGUCAGGUGCAUGUUGCCAUCAGCCCCAUCUGCCCCAGUUAGACUUCCACACCCUGCUUCUUUAUCUCAGUUUCAUGUGCCAAGGGCCUCUCAGUUUGCUGCAGCUCGGAUACCUCCAAACUACCAGGGACCUGCCAUUCCUCCUGCUUCCUUUGAUGCCUAUAGGCACUACAUGGCAUAUGCAGCCUCAAGGUGGCCCAUGUACCCUGCCUCCCAACCUUCAAAUCACCCUCUACCAGACUCACACAGGACAGUGCCAGUUAGCAAACAAGCUACCCGUAGCCGUCCCAACCUCCGUGUGAUCCCCACUGUGACUCCUGAUGAGCCCAAGCAUGAGGAGUCAGUGCUGGGCUCAAUUCCUACUGCCCAAGUGCCUGUCCAUGUGUCCAUCCCAUCACUUAUAAGAUAUAAUCCGGAGAAGAUUUCUGAUGAGAAGAACCGUGCUUCCCAGAAACAGAAGGUUAUUGAAGAGAGGGAAAAGCUGAAAAGUGACCGUGAAGCUCGCCAGAAGAAGAUGUACUAUCUUAGAACUGAGUUGGAGCGGCUUCAUAAACAGCAAGGGGAAAUGCUGCGUAAGAAACGAAGGGAGAAGGAUGGUCACAAAGAUCCACUCCUAGUAGAGGUGAGUCGACUUCAGGAUAACAUUAUGAAGGACAUUGCAGAACUUCGACAGGAGGCAGAAGAGGCAGAAAAAAAGCAGUCUGAACUGGACAAAGUGGCUCAGAUCUUGGGAAUUAACAUUUCUGAUAAAUCUCAGAAGUCUUCAAGUGACAGUAGGGAGCCUACAGAGAAGACUGGGAAAGCAGAAAAAUCCAAGAGCCCAGAAAAAGUGUCGUCAUCCUCAAACUCCUCUUCCAGCAGCAAGGAAUCGAAGGUAAACAAUGAGAAUUCCCGUACUAAGAGCCCCAAGCCUGCUGAGAGCUCUCAGCCAGCUAAGCAGUCUGAUCAACCUGUUGCUGCCUAUGAGUAUUAUGAUGCUGGCAAUCACUGGUGCAAAGACUGCAACACCAUCUGUGGGACCAUGUUUGACUUCUUCACCCAUAUGCACAAUAAGAAGCACACACAGACACUGGAUCCCUACAACAGACCUUGGGCUUCAAAGACCCAGAAUGAAGCCAAGCAAGAUGCUGUAAAGCGCACUGACAAGAUAACUGUUCCUGCAAAAGGCUCUGAGUUUCUGAUUCCCAUCACUGGAUAUUAUUGCCAGCUCUGUGAGGAAUUUUUGGGGGAUCCAAUUUCUGGAGAGCAACAUGUGAAGGGUUAUCAACACAAUGAGAAAUAUAAGAAAUAUGUGGUUGAAAACCCAUUGUAUGAGGAGCGACGGAAUUUGGACCGCCAGGCUGGCUUGGCCGUGGUUCUAGAGACAGAACGGCGACGGCAGAGUGAGCUGAAGCGCAAGUUCAGUGAGAGACCGAAGGAAGAGAAGAAAGAAAAACAGGCAAAGAUUAUGAAGGAAGUAAAGGAGGACGACAGGGUGUCUGAGGAAUUAGAGGACCAGCUUUCUGAGGGUGGAAACUCCCCUGAAAAGGCUGAAAAUAGAAAGAGGCCUAGCAUCAAACUCCAAUUAAAAGAAGAAAUAAAAAAAGAACCACCAAUAUCUUCCUCUUUCGGGAAAUUCAGCUGGAAGAAGCCAGAAAAAGAGGAGGAAAAAAGUUUAGUGAUCCCAAGUAUUCCCAAAGAAGAGAUUGUGGAAAGUGGUAAGGACAAAGAGGAUGCCAAAGCUGAUCCUGGGAAGGCAAAGCCUAUCAAAAUCAAACUCUCUGGGAAAACUGUUGUUGCACAUACUAGUCCUUGGAUGCCUGUAGUGACAACUUCAACCCAGACUAAGAUCCGACCCAACCUGCCCAUUCCAUCCACAGUCCUCCGCAAAUCAGGUUCAGCCACAGUAAGCAAGCCAGCUCCGCUUAACACCUUUCUAUCCAUCAAGUCUUCUGGAACCACUGCUAAGCCUCUGCCAGUGGUUAAAGAGUCUUCAGCUGAUCUCCUCUUGCCUCCCGACAUCAUCUCUAAAGCAUUUGGAGGGGAAGAGGUGAUUUUGAAAGGGUCUCCAGAGGAAAAAAUGGUGCUGGCUGAAAAGAAUGAGCCACCACAUAUACCUGAACAAAUGCUACCACCUCCACCACCACCACCUCCACCACCACCUCCACCACCUCCAGUUAUACCUCCUCCAGCUGCCCCAUCUCCUACCCAAGCAAAUGCUAUUUUGGCUCCAGUAAAAUCAAACCCAGUUGUAUCUCACACUGUCAUCCCUGGCUUCCUGGGUCCUAACAUUUUGAACCCAGUAUUACCAGUAGCCAUCAUGGCCUCAGCACAGCCUACUGCCAUUCCUUCUGAUGAGACGGCUCCUGGGGUGAGUGAGAGUGACCGGGACCAGACCUUAUUCUCUGUGUUGGUGCGUCCUCCACCUCCCCUCUCAAGUGUGUUCAGUGAACAAGCCAAAAAAUUGGAAAAGCGGAAUUCAUGCUUAGCCACAGCCAAUGCUAAGGAUCUGUAUGACAUAUUCUACAGUAGUGGUGGAAAAGGAGCCCCUGAGACUAAGCUGAGUGGUGGUCCAUUGGCCAAUGGGGAAAAUAGAGCUGAAAAUUCAGACACCUCUUCCACUUCUACUUUGAACAGCAGUGCAUCCCAAGAGGAGUUGCCUUCAGGUAGAAAUUUGGUCUCUGCUCCUUUGGUCAGCAACUCUGAAAAGCCCAUUUCAAAACCUUUGGUGUCCUUAGGAAGAUUGUCAGUUGUAGAAAAUGUAGAUUCAAAAAACAGAGGCAGCAGCUAUGGCUUUCUGCAGCCUCUGACAAGGUUAUGCCAAAACAGGCCUUAUGAAACUAUUACUCCAAAGACAGAGACUUUGGUCAAGUGGGCGUCUGGUUCCUUCCAGAGUGAUCCUAAUAAGGAUAUAGCUCCAGUGAGGAAAAUUGAACUUGACGUGGGAGACCCUGGGCCACCAGGUGUGGAGCCAGCCUCUGAGCUGUCAGAUAUACAGUGUCAUACCAUGCAAUCUCAGAAGUUGGUAGAAACCCACCUUGUAGAAUCUAGUAAGCAGCAAAGCCAGGAGCUCCACCAGUCUAAGGAUUGUGGGAAAAGUGAAGUAGACACAAGCACUGAACUAAAAGAAGAAGUGAAACUCUCUGAAAGGACAGUGAGAGAGGGAACAGAUAUCAGUGUUGGGCCCAAUAGCAUAGAGGACUCUAAUUUGAACAGUGGGAACAGAUGCAUGUGGGAGGAAGAAGUAGAACAGCCCAACUCACAUAGGACUGAAAAAAAGGCUAAACAGUCCAGGAAAUUGAUAACAGAAAGUAAAACUCAAGGUAAAGUAGUACCUGAAUUGAAGACACAAGCUGUCUCUUCCACAAAGGCAAAAAUAGACUCAUUUCCGUCAGAAGCUAGGUCUUUACUCCAGAACCCACAAGAUGUGAAAAUUUCUGCCCCAGCAUUGCUUCUUCAGUCCCCAGCCAGAUCAGAUAUGUGUUUGAAAGACCAUGAGCAGAAGCAAGGAGUUUCAACUGGUAGUGAGGAGUGGCUAGAAAAUUCAGCACCAGAAUCAGCUUCCAGAACUUCUAGGUACAGAAGCCUCAAACUGAAGAGAGAAAGAUCAAAAGACUUGCAGGGUAAAAUGACCUAUAAACUGACUGUUUGGGAUGAGAACAAGAAGCCAGAGACCUGGGAGAGCCCAGAGAAACCAAAAGCAGAAGCCCUGGAGCUUCGAGAUGUCCAUCCAGAACUAACAGUGACAAUAGAGAACAAGGCCUUAGAAAACUUUGAAGUUACAGACUUAAAAGUAGAAGAGCUUGCUGCCCUGGGAAGCCUGGGGGAUAUAGGUAUUGAUUUCUGCAAUACUCGGGUAGACCCAGCACAUAGAUCCCCAGUUGCCCUGUCUCAGAAAGUAUGUGAAGAAAAUUCAGUGUCACCUCUAGGAAGUAAUCCCUCCAAUCUCACCGACUUUGAACCAGUACCAUCCUUUUCUGAGUUUCCCUUAGAUUCUCCCAAAACCCUGGUGCUGAACUUCGGAGCAGAGGAUGAACAAAACUCAUCUAAUCCCAGAACUGGGAGGAUCACUUCUAACAUUUUGAAAAGUGGACUUCCUAUAGAAAACGUUGGCCUUGGCUUGGGGAGCCUCGAGGGAACACACCAGGCCCUGGACCUGUUAGCAGGAGGAAUGAUGCCUGAGGAAAUAGAAGAAACAUCUCAAUUAGAGAAACAAGAUUCACUCAGAUUGGAAUCAGAAACAAUUAAUCCUUUAGGCCUUGGGCCAUCUCCUUGCCUUCCAGACCUUGUUGAUUUUGUCACACGGACAUCUGGAGUUCAAAAAGAGAAGAUAUGUUCUCCUCUCUCUGAGCCAGGUGACCGUCCUGAGUGUAGUUCCCUGGAGAUGGGACCACUGCAGCUAGAAAUACCGAAUGCAUCCAUCACGGAAGUAGCAGUUCCUCAAGUAGAUGAGUAUAGUGACAACCCUUUGAAUGUGGUAAAAUCUGUGGCUUCAGGGUCCCAUACAAGGGAACAAGUAGCCGGAGGCAGUACGAUCCCUCAGGAAAUAGCUGCACAAGAAGCUGCAGUUGAUGCCCUCCAGGACCACACGGAAUCCAGUGUUCACAGCUGA